AUCGUAGCCAAAUUAGGAUACUCUUGGGAAGAUUUGAAACAUAAUUACUGGGAUGUGGUUACAGAUCUAGUCAACCAACAGUGCCUUGAUAUUAUUGUUUUAAGUUAAAACAAACUGAUAUUUGAGAGGACAACUCCCUGAAGUGUGUAUUCUUCUUGUAGAAAGUCUUCUGCAUUGUUUGAGGGAUGAAUUAACAAUAGAUGUGCAGUGUGUUUUGAGGAGUUGAUAUAAUGGGUGAGCAAGUUCUUGAGACUUGUCUUCUGUAAGAGUUUUAGAAAGGCCAUUAUAAAGUUGUAAUGAACUACAUGGCGUCAAGGAUGCAGUAUUGCUCCCACUACAAACGGGCAUGUGAGUGUCUUUCAGUAGAGGUCCUUCAGACCAGGAUUGGACUUGUAAGCACUGGAGGCCUACAACGUAUAAUUACCUUGAAUUAGAAAUAAAAUUCUAAAGACACAGGACUGUAGAAAAUUCACCCAUUUUGUAAGAUAAAGGUGAUAUUUAAGACUUUGCCAUUCAGUAUUGCUGAGGAAGGGGUUUGGGAGGAAGUUAUAAUUAGCCAUAAAAAUAUGUUUUUUUUGCUUCAUAGACCGGCACAAGAAAUGCAGGAGAUUCAACUUGUAGCGUAAUGGAUUUUCAACAUUUAAAGCAUUUUUUUUUUAAACUAUGCCCACCAUCAUAAUCUCUCGAUUGCUUGGUCAUAUCAUUUGUUGAUAAAGUAAGGAAACGAAACAGCAACAAUAAAAAGAAGCAAAAACUGUGACCAGCAUGAAGAAAUGGAACCUGGGAAGGAGCACAGUCUCGGCAAUGAGUAGGCCACUCAUCACGACCAACUACAGAUGACUUGCCGCUUCAUUUACAAAGAUGUCGUCUGCUGCUGAAAAUGGAGAUACAGCACCUGGAAAACCAAAUGAGGAAAAAACCUAUAAAAAGACUGCGUCAUCUGCCAUCAAAGGUGCUAUUCAGCUGGGAAUAGGAUACACAGUGGGUAAUCUCACUUCCAAGCCGGAUCGAGAUGUUCUCAUGCAAGACUUUUAUGUGGUGGAAAGUGUGUUCCUACCCAGUGAAGGGAGCAAUCUGACCCCAGCACAUCACUACCCUGACUUCAGAUUUAAGACAUAUGCUCCAUUAGCAUUCCGGUAUUUCAGAGAACUUUUUGGUAUCAAGCCUGAUGAUUACUUGUAUUCCAUAUGCAGUGAACCUCUAAUAGAGCUGUCUAACCCAGGAGCCAGUGGGUCCUUGUUCUUUGUGACCAGUGAUGAUGAAUUUAUCAUCAAAACAGUUCAACAUAAAGAAGCGGAGUUCCUUCAGAAGCUACUGCCAGGCUAUUACAUGAAUUUAAACCAGAAUCCAAGGACUCUUUUGCCAAAAUUUUAUGGACUGUAUUGCAUGCAGUCGGGGGGCAUUAACAUCAGGAUUGUGGUGAUGAACAACGUCUUACCACGCGCCAUGCGAAUGCACUUUACAUAUGACUUGAAAGGCUCGACCUAUAAGCGAAGAGCAUCCCGAAAAGAGAGAGAGAAAUCCAACCCCACAUUUAAGGACUUAGAUUUCCUGCAAGACAUGCAUGAAGGGUUGUAUUUUGAUACAGAAACAUACAAUGCACUCAUGAAAACGCUUCAGAGAGACUGCCGGGUGCUGGAAAGCUUCAAGAUCAUGGACUAUAGUCUUUUGCUGGGAAUCCACAUCUUGGACCAUUCCCUCAAAGAGAAAGAAGAGGAAACUUCACAAAAUGUGCCUGAUGCUAAACGUCCUGGGAUGCAGAAGGUCCUCUACUCAACAGCGAUGGAAUCCAUCCAGGGUCCAGGGAAAUCUGGAGAUGGGAUCAUCGCAGAGAACCCGGACACAAUGGGAGGCAUUCCAGCAAAAAGCCAUAGGGGAGAGAAACUACUUUUAUUUAUGGGCAUUAUUGACAUCCUGCAAUCAUAUAGGUUAGUGAAAAAGUUAGAACAUUCCUGGAAAGCUCUUGUUUACGACGGGGACACUGUUUCGGUUCAUAGACCAAGCUUUUAUGCAGACAGAUUUCUAAAGUUUAUGAAUUCCAGAGUUUUCAAGAAAAUUCAAGCUUUGAAGGCCUCACCUUCUAAGAAACGUUGCAAUUCCAUCGCUGCCCUGAAGGCAACGUCCCAGGAGAUUGUGUCCUCUAUUAGCCAGGAAUGGAAGGACGAGAAGCAUGAUUUGCUGACCGAAGGGCAAAGUUUUAGCAGCCUUGAUGAAGAAGCGCUGGGAUCCCGACACAGGCCAGACCUGGUGCCUAGCACUCCAUCGCUGUUUGAGGCUGCUUCCUUGGCAACCACAAUUUCAUCUUCUUCCUUAUACGUCAAUGAACAUUAUCCACACGACAGGACUGCGAUUUAUUCAAACAGUAAAGGGUUACCUUCCAGUUCAACCUUUACCUUGGAAGAGGGGACCAUCUACCUGACUUCUGAACCAAACGCUCUGGAAAUUGAGGAGGAUAACGCCUCCGUGCUUGAUGUCUACUUAUAAGUGAAAAUGAUGACCACCUAAGCAGAUGGAUGAGACAUGAACAGUUGUGGAAGAGAAGUUUAUCCACUCCAGAAUUACCCAAAAGAACCUGACUGAGCCCCACUACACACAGUCAUUAUCAGCUGGACUUGGGAGUUUGCAAGAUGUCAGGGGAUGCUUGGUCAAGAGGCGGAUCAGCAGAUGUGAUGUGAAAAAUACCAACUCUUCUAUCAUUUGCUGUUGCUUGCCGAACUGUGAAGAACUGCAUGAACUCUAUUUAAGCUGCUUUCUACACCAUUGCCAAUCACCUUUUUGGACUUGGAAGUGCUAUUUUCCUAUUGACACUUACAUUGUUUCAUUUUGCAUGCAUCCAGUGAUUAUAUAUAAACAACAUAUGUAAUCUGCUUAUAUAUUUUUUAAAAAUCCACUCAUGCAAAAUGGCAAAUAAAUUGUUCUUUUUUGCAAAGUUAUAAUCAUAGCCCAUGUCAUUAAGUUUAAAUUGGUUUCAUAUAAAGAUCAGUGUAACAGACCUGUAUACACUUUAUAGAAUACUAGCUUCUAUAAAGAUUUUUUCACUGUUUACUAGUGAAAUGAGAAAAGCAAAGCUAUUUAUAAAAGGCCUUAUGUCGUGUACAUACAUUGUCUUUGAAAUAUUUGUGAUUUAGUUUAUUGCUUGUAAAAGAGAAAUUAUAUAAUUUAUUUAGUAAAUACUAUUGUAAACUAUAGUUUUAUUGAGAGAAAUAAAAUAUUUUGUUCUCA